GAAGAGCAGACAGAAGGGUGGGGACAGGCAGGGGAGUGGGAACAAGGGAGAGUCAGCUGGAGGACCAGGACCAGGGCUGAUUGGAAGGUGAGCGAGGUGGGGAGUCUUGAGGGGCUCUUCGUAGACCCCUAGGGGGCAGCCGGAGCCGGCAGCUGGGAGGCGCGGGGGCGGAGGAAGGGUGGGGACCGGCCCCGCGGGGGGCGAUGCGGUAGCUGCAGCGGCGGCCGCAGGAGUUUCCCACAAUGCAGCGCGGCGCGCUGUCCCCGGUGCUGAUGCUCAGCGCUGCCCCGGAGCCUCCGCCGCGCCCGCCUCCCGCCCUCUCCCCGCCGGGCCCCAGCCCAGGUCCCCGCCAUGGCUCAGCUCGGCCAGGUCCUGCCCCAGAACCGUCGGGGGGCCUGGCUGCGGCACUUGACAGCAGCUUGCGGGCCGCCGUGGCAUUCAAGGCGGAGGGCCAGCGCUGCUACCGGGAGAAGAAGUUCCGGGAAGCCAUCGGCAAGUAUCACCGGGCACUGCUGCAGCUGAAGGCGGCGCAGGGGGCUCGCCCCGGCGCCCUGCCCGCCCCGGCCCCCGGGCCCGCCGCCAGCCCGGGGCCCGCCCGCCUCAGCGAGGAGCAGCGGCGCCUGGUGGAGAGCACCGAGGUGGAGUGUUACGACUCCCUCACGGCCUGCCUGCUGCAGUCAGAGCUCGUGAACUAUGAGCGUGUGCGUGAGUACUGCCUCAAGGUGCUGGAGAAGCAGCAGGGCAACUUCAAGGCCACCUACCGCGCCGGCAUCGCCUUCUACCACCUGGGCGACUACGCACGUGCCCUGCGCUACCUGCAGGAGGCCCGAAGCCGGGAGCCCACAGACACCAAUGUGCUCCGCUACAUCCAGCUGACCCAGCUGAAGAUGAACCGCUGCGGCCUCCAGCGGGAAGACAGCAGCCACGGCGCGGGAGCCUCUGCCCGGGAUGUGCUGGGCUGAGCCACACGGCCCUCUCCACCCCACUCCCCGCCUCACGGUGUCGCUGCCCCCGCCUCGGCGUGCUGGGGGCCGGUAAAGCAUUGUCACCGAUGCCCAUGGCUUUGUGUGCUGUU